UGUGAUUAAAUGUCACGUUUUCUUUCUUGAAAAUAUAUCCAAAUUAAUUUAUAUGUAAACAAAGGACUCAAUCGUCAUGGAAUAAUUUGAAUAUAAGUCUUAAGCAAAUAGUACUUAAUUACAAUCAUUGAAUUAUUUCUAAGGUCUGAAUUUCGAAAAGAAAAGCAAAGUACAGAGGGAAAUCACAAUGAAAAUUUUUCGAUUUCCACUACUAGCUGAAAAUUGGAUUUAAACAUAGUUGGACUGGCAAAUAUCUGAUAUCACAGGGAGUGAAGUUGUGACAAUGAAUUCUUCAUAUUUGAUAAAUUCAAAUUUAGUGAAUUAUCUUAUAUAAUUUUCUUAGUAAGAUAAGUGGUUAGUUACCUGAAAUGUGUAUUGCAGUGUAAUUGAAAUAAGUGAAAGAAACUUCUUGAGAUGAAGCAGCAAAGUUUGGAAGAUGACGAGAAUGAUAAUAUCGUUUUUAGGAGGGUUGCUUCAGCUGUAUUCUAUGGAGUGGCAUCCUUCAUGAUAACAGUAGUCAAUAAAACAGUUUUAACUACUUACAGCUUUCCAUCCUUUCAGGUUUUAGGCAUUGGACAAAUGAUAACAACUAUUGUAGUCUUAUUCAUAGCUAAAAAAUUGAGAAUUAUGAAUUUUCCCAAUUUUCAACUUGGAACCUUCAAACAAAUUUUUCCUCUGCCGUUAUUUUAUAUAGGAAAUAUGAUUUUUGGUCUCGGAGGUACCAAAGAAUUGAGUUUACCAAUGUUCACUGCUCUGAGGAGAUUUUCAAUUUUAAUGACAAUGAUAUUAGAAUUCUAUUUAUUGGGAGUAUUUCCUGUAUUUAGUGUACAGAUAAGUGUAUACACUAUGAUUAUAGGAGCAUUAUUGGCAACAAGUGAUGAUUUAGCUUUUAACCUGCAUGGUUACAUAUAUAUUUUAUUAAAUGAUCUUUUAACAGCUACCAAUGGUGUUUAUACUAAAAAAAAACUGGACUCGAGAGAAUUAGGGAAAUAUGGUCUAAUGUAUUAUAAUUCGUUAUUUAUGAUUGGUCCAGCAAUUGUAAUUUCCUAUUGUUCAGGAGACAUUGAAGCAAUUUCUAAUUUCAAGGAUUGGAAUAAUCCGAUUUUUUUAGCUCAAUUUAUAAUAUCAUGUAUUAUGGGUUUCAUUCUUUCAUAUAGUGUUAUGCUGUGUACACAUUAUAACUCUGCUUUAACAACCACUAUCAUAGGUUGUUUAAAGAACAUAUCUGUGACAUACUUAGGUAUGAUUAUUGGGGGAGACUAUGUUUUCUCUUGGAUUAAUUUCUUAGGAUUAAACAUAAGUGUAAUAGGAAGCCUUAUAUAUACAUAUGUAACAUUCAGAAAAAAAGAAACCAAAGUUCCUUAUGUUCCUUUAAAAAAUGAGAACAAAGAUAACAUUGUAUAACAUUGCAAUCAAUCCUAGUGAUAAUUCCCAAGUUGCAAUUAGAAAAUCAAAGAUGACAUUGUACCGAAAAAAUAAGCAAAUCCUUAAUGCUGUGAUUUAUUUACAUAUGUAUUUGUUAACUUGUGGAUUUUUUAGCUUUCUCGUGCCAUUAUAUUUAAUUAUAUAUGUUCAGAUUUCUCCUCAAAUUAAUUCUACAUGCAUAUAUAGAAUGUAUUUUCAUCUAGAAUGUUUGCAAUUGUAAAUAAAUCUGAAUAAAUAUUGCCAGUGUAUUUUAA